CCUGGCGCUCGCUGGGCGACAGACGCGGGCUGCGCACAACUGGCCGCCAGCUCCUCUGCUCCUGCCCUUCACCCACCGCCAUGGACGGGCCCGCAGCCGGGGUGAUGUUGGACAAGUUGGUGCAGGUCUCGGAGAUGAGCACAAAUUUUUCGGGCGAAUACUUCAAGUACAAGGGCGUCCUCUUCCCCAUCGGCCUCUACUCACCAGAGAGCAUCAGCCUGGUUGAGAACACCCAGGAUGUGCGGGACGACGACGUCUUCAUCGUCACCUACCCCAAGUCAGGCACCUCCUGGAUGAUCGAGAUCCUCAGCCUAAUCCUGAAGGACGGGGAUCCCUCCUGGAUCCGCUCGGUGCCCAUCUGGGAGCGCUCGCCCUGGUGCGAGACAGUCAUGGGUGCCUUCACCCUCCCGGACCAGCCCAGGCCGCGCCUCCUGAGCUCCCACCUCCCCGUGCACAUCUUCCCCAAGGCCGCUUUCGACACCAAGGCCAAGGUGAUCUACCUGGGCCGGAACCCCCGAGAUGUCCUGGUGUCCUUCUACCAUUACGCCAAGAUUGCCCGGCAGCUGAAGGACCCCGGCACGCCCGACCAGUUCCUGCAGGACUUCCUCAAAGGCGAAGUGCAGUUCGGCUCCUGGUUCGACCACAUUAAGGGCUGGAUCCGGAUGCAGGGCAAAGAGAACUUCCUGUUCCUCACCUACGAAGAGCUGCAGCAGGUGGGUCCCCCGGGCCACGCCCCCCCACCCCACGCUCCCUCGCCAGCCACUGUGGACUCGGAAUGGAGCCCGGUGCAGGGAAAUCAGUCGAAUCCGGAGAGAUCCGUGGUGGCGCACUCGGCCUUCGGCGCCAUGAAGGCCAACACCAUGUCCAACUACACGCUGCUGCCUUCCUCGCUGCUGGACCACCGCCUCGGGGCCUUCCUGCGCAAAGGGGUCAGCGGCGACUGGAAGAACCACUUCACGGUGGCACAGAGCGAGGCCUUCGACCGUGUCUACCGAGAGCAGAUGCGGGGGAUGCCCGCCUUCCCUUGGGACAAGGACCUGGAGGACAAUGGCCUGGACCCCGAGCCUGGACCCGAGACGUCCCCCGGCUCCAGCAAGGACUCCGAAUCCCCCCACCAGUGACCCUGACAAUAAAAGCUUAGCCGCACCCGGUCCUUGAUGCUUUCGGGCGGGCAGACUCGGGAGGUG